AGCUUACAAUUUUGUUUACGACAAAUUCAAAUCCAAGCUUAGUGCAUACAAAGCCAAUAGACUCUCACAUGCAGCUCGAUUAACUCUCAUAAAAUCUGUUUUCUCUUCUAUACCUAUCUACUACAUGUCCAACAUUCUGUUCUCCAAAAAGUUCCUCGCUAAACUGACAGCCAUCAUUAGGAAUUUCUGGUGGACAGGUGUUCAAGAUGAUCGGACAACUAAAAGCUUGUGCCUUAGAGCUUGGGCUGAUGUGUGUACUGCAAAAAAUAUUGGGGGACUUGGUGUUAGAAAUAUGCAGGCUAUCAAUCAAGGUUUAAUCCUAUCAGCAGCUUGGAGAUUGGCAAAGGAGCCGCACAAUCAGGUUGCUCAAAUACUUAGAGCAAAGUAUCACCAUGACACAUCCAUAUGGAGGGCCAAGUCCAACAUGCCAAAAUCAGCCUUCUGGUCGGCGGUUCUCAAGCCAAGAAACAGCCAAUGCAAUUCUUCAAACGCCUAUAACUGAUGCAGAUGGACAAGACAUACUUGUUUGGAAACUAACCCCUACAUGUCUUCACUCCCCAAAAAGCGCAUACAAGCACUGCUACAACAAUCUCCAACUUCCGCCGAGGCAACGUCCAAAAAUUAUCCCCCAGCAGGUCAUCUCCCUUCUUAACCAGGUUUGGGACGAUAAAGAAAUGGCACCAAGAAUUCAAACGUUUGCUUGGAGGCUUCUCAGGAAAGCACUCCCCACAGGAAAACCAACAUGCCUGUGCAGGUGUUUGCAGCAGCUGAUGCCAUUAUCAAGGCAACCAAAACAGAGAUUUUUAGCCACAUUGAUCACCACAUCAAAGAGCAGUCUCCAAAUAGCACACAACAACCUCCAUCGGUUACUCAGGUUCAGGACACUGAAUUUCCAGCAGGGAAUGCCAUUUUCAGCGACGCUGCAUGGGAGAAGCAAGGAGAUUCAACAACGAGUCAAGGCAGGGUUAGGAGUAAUCAUCCACUUCCAGGAGAAUCAACAUCUCCGUCAGCUGCAAGUUUCGGCUCUCUCACCUCCAAUAUCUUCUCCACUACAUGCGGAGACUUAUGGUCUACUUCUAGCUACAAAGCUAGCAGAUCUACUGCAGGUCCAAGACCCUCGCUUCUAUACUGAUUGUGCGGUCUUAGUUUCAGCAGCUACGACAGCAUCGGUGUUUGCAACUCAACGACAUUGGGAGAUCAGGCCAGAGCGAGCAGCAAUACGAUCCUCUCCUUCUUUUCGGUGCAACAAUAUUUCUCAUAUUAACAGGAGCACAAACAUCAAAGCCCAUCAUCAUGCUCGUUUAGCUUUGAGAAUUCAGUCCUUGGCUGUCUGUUGCUUAAGUGAUGACACAAGGCACUGUCCAAGCAGGGAUGUUCUCUCUGUAUCUAGCGUGACUCCAUUCACGCUCCUAUCUGUAAAAUGUUCUUAA